AACGUCAGUCAGUGAGUGAGAGGGGGAGAGAGAGAGAGUGCAUGUGUGAGGAGACGCGAUCUGCUCCCAGAGCGGCUGGGCCGGACCUGGGGAACCAAUCAAUCAUCAGAGAUCGCUGAGGGGGACGAGCACAGACAACUCCGCACAAGGUGGCCGAGAGCAGAACACCGGGCAGGUUGCCAGAAGUAUUCCUGUGCAAGCCAUGAAACGUUCAAGACUACCCAGUAGUAGUGAAGAUUCAGAUGACAAUGCUAGCCUCUCUACAUCUUGGUCACAAAAUUCAAGGUCUCUCCAUGGCAGAAGCUCAAAGCAUGAAGACCACAAACCUUCAGAGGUGUACCGAACAGACCUGAUCACUGCCAUGAAGCUGCACGACUCCUACCAGCUAAAUCCAGAGGACUUUUAUGUACUGGUGGAUCCAUGGCGGCAGGAGUGGGAGAAAGGUGUGCAAGUCCCUGUGAACCCAGAGUUAAUCUUGGAGCCAGUUGCCAGGGUGGUUGCUGAGAGCGAGAAAGUAGUCACAUACAAUAGACCUCGCAAGUAUGUCCACUCGUCCGGGUCUGACCCUCCAGAACUAGGAUAUGUUGACAUCAGGACACUUGCAGAAGGAGUUUGCCGCUACGACUUAAAUGAGAUGGAUGUGUCUUGGCUAGAGCUGAUUAACGAAGAGUUCAGAGAAAUGGGUAUGCCACCGUUGGAUGAGUACAUGAUGGAGCGCGCAAUGGAGGAGUUUGAGCAGAAGUGCUAUGACAACAUGAACCAUGCCAUAGAGACAGAGGAAGGCCUUGGAAUUGAGUAUGAUGAGGAUGUUGUCUGUGAUGUCUGUCAGUCUCCAGAUGGUGAAGAUGGCAAUGAAAUGGUCUUCUGUGACAAAUGUAACAUCUGCGUACAUCAGGCAUGUUAUGGCAUUCUGAAAGUACCGGAUGGAAGUUGGCUGUGUCGGACAUGCGCCUUAGGGGUCCAGCCAAAAUGCUUAUUGUGCCCAAAGAAAGGAGGUGCAAUGAAGCCUACCCGUAGUGGUACUAAAUGGGUCCAUGUCAGCUGUGCUUUGUGGAUCCCUGAGGUGAGCAUUGGGAGUCCUGAAAAGAUGGAGCCAAUCACCAAGGUGUCUCACAUCCCUAGUAGCCGUUGGGCACUCAUAUGCAGUUUAUGCAGUGAGAAAGCUGGCGCUUGCAUACAGUGCUCUAUUAAAAACUGUCGCACAGCUUUUCAUGUGACAUGCGCAUUUGAUCGGGGCCUGGAAAUGAAGACCAUCUUGACUGAAGAAGAUGAAGUAAAAUUCAAGUCUUAUUGUCCAAAGCACAGUACAGACAAGAAGACAGGGGAUGGACAAUAUGGUGAGAGUGCCUGUGAACUAGAUGGGGCAGCUGAGGCCUCCCCUGUGUGUUCAGAGGAUUUACAAGGCCUUAAUGCCUCCCAGCAGGAGGCCAAGCACGGAAGCCAGCGCAAGCUGAAGCUUCAGCAGCUUGAGGAUGACUUCUAUACAUUUGUCAAUGUAAAGGAUGUGAGUCAGGCCCUACAAAUCCCCUGUGACGUGACAGAUUAUAUUUACCAGUACUGGAAAAUGAAGAGAAAAUCCAACUUCAAUAAACCACUAAUAACCCCCAAGAAGGAUGAGGAAGAUAACCUGGCCAAACGGGAACAAGAUUUUUUGAUUCGCCGGCUCCAGCUCUUUACUCAUCUGAGGCAGGACCUUGAAAGGGUCCGCAAUCUUACUUACAUGGUAACCAGGAGAGAAAAGAUGAAGCGCUCGGUGUGUAAAGUCCAGGAACAGAUCUUUAAUCUAUACACAAAACUAAUGGAUCAUGAUAAAAGCAGUGCUGGUGCCAUUUCUGAGAGCAUUCUACUCUUCAACACCCACCCAUCUAACCCAGAUGCCCCAAAAAUUGAAGAUUUAAAGUGGCACUCUGCUUUCUUCAGGAAACAAUUGAGUGGCUCCCUGGGACGCACCAUAAAAAUAUCUCGCAAAAAAAGCAGGGACAAAGACAGGUCAUCAAGCACCUUGAAACCACUGCACUCCCGUUCCGGCUGCUCUGACAAAAGGAAGGAAAUGCCAUCUGUUGAUUUCACUUAUUCUGCUGAAAAGGCCAUUGCCAAAGUUGCACCUGUACAACAGAAAAAUGAGACAAGUAUGCCAGACCAUAGGAAACGACGGGACAGCCGCUCCCAGUGUGACCUUGUAAGAGCAGAGCUCAAGGAGAAGCCUCACAAGCAGCACCAUAAAGGUAUCAGGCCUGGAGAGCUGUCUGAUAGACAGGGAGAAAGCAAAAAAUCCCCAAGCCAAUGUAGUGGAAAGACAGCAGCUUUGUUCUCAAAGAAGAGCCCAGCUGGGAACAGUUUGGCGAAAUACAGUGGUUCAUUAAUCAAAAUCCGCUGUAAACCGUCGUCUUCCAUAAAAGUGCCUACAAGCCCAGUGAAAAACUGGGGGGGAUUUCGGAUUCCAAAGAAAGGAGAUAGACCGCUGCAAAAAUCGGAAACCUGUCAGUCUAAAAGCAGUUGUCAGUACUUGGGUCUAGUCUCGUCAAAUGAUAGGACAAAAAAUAAACUUAAACUAGUCAGUGACAAUGAUGGGUACAUCCCUGAUGCAGAGAUGAGCGACUCUGAAACAGAAUCAACAGACAAAUGUUCCCUACAAAGGCUGUCAUCGAGCGGUAGUAUAAAUCAUGGGUACGAGACAGACAUCAUUAGGAGAAGCAUCCUAGCAUCUUGAUUGAAUGACUCUAUCAAGUCUUCGGAGCUAUAUCUAGGAGAGAGACAGAAAAAAAAGCAAAAAGGUGUUUAACUUUUUGUGUAUGAAGGAAAAUUAGACCUGCUAUGCAGCAAUGGAUGGACAGAUCAACAGCCAGCUCUUCCUUUUACUUGCUCCAACUUGUUUACUUGCACUUGAAAAUCCAAGACAUUCUUCCUUCCCAGUCUAUUCCUUUCCCUAAUUUGCUGAAAAGAUAGUUCAUGUAUCUGUUUAAGCUGGACCCAGAGUCUGUCCAAUAUGCAGGUUUUCAUGGCAAGGGUAGGCUGCACUGGAAGUGCUUUCAUUCUGUUUCCACUGAAAGCACAAAGAAGACAUUUUGGACUGUUACACAAAAUUUGGUUUUUGGGUACACCAACUUGCACUUCUGGCCCAUUACAUUUCCUUGCACUUGAUUCAUACUCCAGGCACGGUCUUAAGUUUUUUUUUGUUUACCUGUUAAGCUUUUAUGUUAGCACAAUGGCUAUAUUUCUUAGGUACUUGGAGCCAGUAAUGAAAUGUAUGUAAAGGAAGCUCUUGAUCACCGCCUGUUGGAAGUAUGAAACGGUAUGCACUUGAAGUUAUAUUCUACGUUUGGGGAACUGGAAUAAAAGGGAGCACCUCCUUUCUUCUAAUAAAGCUGUGUGCACACAUCUUUUUAA